AUGUACACUUUAUUACGACAAACAUUUCUACAAUUGAAGCUACAUCGUAGCUACUCCUCAGCAUCGAAGAAUGCUUUCAAUAAGGAGACGCUUUCGCCUCUUGGAAAACAUUUACGCGACUCCAUCAAGCUCACAGGCCCUAUGACACUAGCACACUAUAUGCGACAAGUGCUCGUAAACCCAUUGAGUGGUUACUACAUGCAUGAUGAUGUGUUUGGAUCACAAGGUGACUUUGUCACUUCUCCCGAGAUUAGCCAGAUAUUUGGAGAGCUGGCAGGAAUAUGGUAUUUGACAGAAUGGAUGAGGCUGGGCAAGCCAAAAGAAACACAAUUCGUUGAAUUGGGCCCUGGUAGAGGCACAUUGAUGAGCGACAUGCUGCGCGCACUUUCCAAAUUCCCUGAUUUUUACAAGACUAUCGGCGAUGUUCAUUUAAUUGAAGCAAGUCCAAAGCUGCGAACCGUUCAAAGAGGGAUGCUCGCCGAACGAUCUACUGAAGAAACAGUUACAUCCGUCGUCCGCAGUGAUGGGAUCAAUAUUCACUGGCAUGAUGGCAUCGAAUUGGUUCCUGAUAAAUGGACUUUUCUAAUGGCCCACGAAUUUUUUGACGCCCUUGCCGUCCAUUGCUUUGAGAAAACCGAGGAAGGUUGGCGCGAGCUACUUGUUGAUAUUGAUGAAACCGAGGAUAGUACGCGUAACUUUUGCUUAGUACGGUCGUCUACACCGACAGUGGCAAGUAAAGCGUUCAUGGAAGGAGAGGAAUAUAAUCAAUACAGCGUUGGCAGUCGCGUUGAAAUCUCCCCUGACAGCUGGAAUAUUAGUCGUCAAAUGGCGGAAUUUCUGCAAAGAAAUGGUGGAACAGGCUUGAUCAUCGAUUAUGGUCAGGACUAUGCUCAAGGGUCUACUGUAAGAGCCAUCAAAAAACAUGAAAUAGUUCAUCCUAUGAGUGAUCCGGGAAGUGCCGAUCUUAGCGCUGAUGUAGACUUUGCAGCUCUCAAGCAAGCAAUGUUACAAUAUCCUGAUGUCAAGACAUUUGGUCCAGUCACACAAUCAAAGUUCUUGCAAAAUCUGGGGAUACAAGCCCGUACCGAGAUGUUAUUGAAGCAUGCAAAAACCCCUGAAAGCAGGAUGAAUGUUGUCAAAAGUGUGCAACGGCUUAUUGAUCCGGCAAUGAUGGGCAGAAUCUACAAGGUCCUUGCGUUUUCAAAGGAGCAUACUCCUUCUGCAGAGACAAAACCCGUUGCAUUUGAGUAA